AUGGCCGCCUCACAGCGCAGCGCCCGGCGGCCAGCGCCGCCCAGACCCGCCCUGGCCCGCCCCUACGAGUCGUUCUUGAUUCAGGUUUCAGCCGUGCGUCGAGCUUCUUCCCGGUGGCAGAGCCAGUUGCCAGACUCCCCACCAGACUCUGGAUCAGAACCAUGUUCUCCACCACAGCUCCAAACAACUGUUAAGGACUACGCAGCUGAAGUGCAAGAAUAUGACAGUGAUGGACAGAAUGCAGCUUUGGAAAAAUGCUGUCAAGCUCUAACAUGGCAACCAUAUCAAACUUCUCAGUGGAACAGCUUACUUAACUCUAGUUAUGAAAAACUACCCGCUGUAGGAUAUCACAUUGUCACAGAUAAAGGAUUUAAUUUUUCAACAGCAGAUGAUGCCUUUGUGUGCCAGAAGAAGAAUCAUUUCCAAAUCACAGUCCAUAUUCGAAUCACUGGACAUCCAAAAUAUAUCAAAACUCAGCUGGGGGGAAAACCAAUAGAAAAGUUUUACUUGAAAGCUUUUGGAAUAAAGGUGGAAGCUCCAAAUCAAACAGUUGCUAUUGAACAGUCUCAGUCAGAUCGAAGCAAAAAAACUUUCCAGCCCGUUAAAGUUGAUCUGCCAGGGGACCAGGUAACUAAAGUAACACUGGGAAGGUUGCACUUCAGUGAAACAACAGCAAAUAAUAUGAGAAAAAAGGGGAAACCUAAUCCUGAUCAGAGAUACUUCAUGCUGGUAGUUGGACUGUAUGCUGUCUCUCAGGACCAAUUCUACCUACUGUCUGCAAAUGUCUCUGAAAAGAUCAUUGUGAGGGCAUCUAACCCAGGGCAGUUUGAGAAUGACAGUGAUGUACUGUGGCAGCGAGGACAUGUUCCAGAGACGAUAGUCUAUCAUGGUCGAGUAGGAAUUAACACAGAUGCACCAGACGAAGCACUGGUUGUCUGUGGAAAUGCAAAAGUUAUGGGCAGAGUCAUGCACCCAUCUGACAGCCGAGCAAAACAGAAUAUCCGGGAGGUUGAUACGAAUGAGCAGUUGAGAAGAAUAACACAAAUGAGGCUGGUGGAGUAUGACUACAAGCCUGAAUUUGCAUCUGUUAUGGGGAUAAAAAAUACCCAUGAAACAGGAAUAAUAGCCCAGGAAGUGAAGGAGCUUUUGCCUCAAGCUGUUAGAGAAGUUGGAGAUGUUUCUUGUAAUGAUGGAGAAAAAAUAGAAAACUUCCUCAUGGUUGACAAGGAUCAAAUCUUCAUGGAGAAUGUUGGUGCUGUAAAGCAGCUUUGUAAACUAACCAACAAUCUUGAAGUCAGAAUAGAAGAAUUGGAACAGUGGAAUAGGAAACUGGCCAGGCUGAAACGGAUGAGCAGUUUAAAGUCAACAGUCAGCGAAGAGAGCAAAGUCAGCCGGUAUAGUCGAGCUACUAGUCUUUUGCCAUCAAAUAAAUCAGUCCCGCUAACAUCCAGCAAGGUUUGUUUGUCAAAGAGGAAAGAGUCUUUCUCCAUGAAGAUUUUCCGGGUGACUAUAAUAGCUUUGAUUGCUAUUAUGGCACUAUGCAGUACCUCAAGUUCUGUUGUACUCUCUCCCUCUACCACUACAGCAGCAUUGCAGGGGGAAAGCACAAUUUCUCAGAGCACGCAACCCGUCAGCAGGAUCCCUGAAGUGAAUUUCUGUGACAUUUUGCCUUGUGACAAGGUCUAUUGUUGUCCAAUUCAUCAACAAAAAGUAAAAUCUCUAAGUUACGAGAAAACCAAUGCAAAGGAGAAACACAAAAGUGGAUGGCACGGCCUGCCUGCCCAACGCUACCUCACCGGCAGAGAAAAUAAGACCUUUCACACAAUUUAUCUCAUCAGGACGGUAGUUCCCGACCUGGAUCCUCCGCAGGCUCAGGCACAGCCUGCAGCCAGGCCAGGCCGUUCCUUCCGCACCCGGUAA